UAGUACAAUAGUACAGCCAGAGCUGUGACAACAGAGGCGCAGAAUGGCUCUGAACAUUGCUUCGACUCUUCUUCUGGCUACAGGACUCACCCUCCUAAUUUAUCUCAUUAAAUGGUGGAGUAGAAUCAACCAGAAGAACCUACCCCCAGGACCUACACCUCUACCAGCCUUGGGGAACAUCCAUCAGAUAAGCACCUCAGAACUACCACAGUCUUUAGUUAAGCUGAGUGAGACAUAUGGACCUGUCUAUACCCUCUACAUAGCCAAUCUUCGGACGAUAGUACUGAUUGGGUACGAUGCUGUGAAGGAAGCAUUGGUGGACCGCAGCGAUGCUUUUAGUGACAGGGGAGACACAGGAGCUGGAGAAUUUUUUAAUAAAGAUUUUGGGGUCAUUUCAAGCAGUGGGGAAAGGUGGAAAAUUCUUCGUCGUUUCUCUCUGACAACGUUAAGAAAUUUUGGAUUGGGAAAGAGGAGCAUUGAAGAAAGAAUCCAAGAAGAAGCCCGGUGUCUUGCUGAGAAAUUUAUGAAGGAUAAAGAUGCUCCAAUUGACCCAAAAUAUAUAUUACGAUCUGCUGUUUCUAAUGUCAUUUGCUCCGUUGUGUUUGGUGAAAGAUUUGACUAUGAAGAUAAAAAGUUUUUGAAUCUCUUAUUAUGUCUUCACGAUCUUUUCCAGUUGUUCAACACCCGCUCAGGGCAGCUCCUUAACAUAUUCCCCUCCGUAAUGCCCUACAUUCCUGGUCCUCACCAGAAGAUCUUCAAAAUUUUCAACAACCUGAAACAGUUUAUUAAGGAUAUGGUGAAAAGUCACCGAGCCACCCUGGAUGAAAACUGCCCUCGUGACUUCAUAGACUGCUUUCUUAUGAAGAUGGAAGAGGAAAAAAAGAAUCCAGACACCGAAUUUCAUGAUGAGAACCUAGAGUGUACAAUAUUAGAUUUAUUCUUUGCGGGAACAGAGACUACAAGUAUGACAUUGAGAUAUUGUUUUAUUAUACUCUUGAAACAUCCGGAAAUACAAGAAAAGAUCCAUAAAGAGAUCGACAAUGUAAUCGGGAAAGAUCGUUGUCCAUCAAUAGAAGACAAGAGUAAAAUGCCGUAUACAGAAGCUGUAAUCCAUGAGGUUCAAAGAUUUGCUGAUAUUGCCCCUACAGGAUUGCCUCAUUCUGUCAGCAAGGACACAACCUUCAGAGGAUAUCACAUUCCAAAGGGAACCCUGGUGUUUCCAGUCCUGACCUCUGUGUUGAAAGACCCAAAACAAUUCAAGAACCCAGAAGAGUUUGAUCCUUCACACUUUCUUAAUGAGAAUGGUUGCUUUAAGAAACAUGAUGCAUUUAUGCCAUUCUCUACAGGCAAACGCAUGUGUAUGGGAGAAGGCCUGGCUCGCAUGGAGCUCUUCCUCUUUCUCACCACCAUACUGCAAAAGUUUACAUUGGAGCCUACAAUAGACAGAAAUAAUCUGAGCAUAAGACCAAUGCCCAACAGCAACGCUUCAAGACCUCAUUCAUACCAGAUGAAGGUUGUCCCUCGCUUCUGAGUUGAGGAAAAGCUUCUUGCAUAGAGGAAACCAAGAAGAUCUAGAACAUGCAAACAAAAGAAAGCUCUAAUUUUUAAAGAGGUUUUACACGAUUUUUUAGGUAAUCAAUAUCAGAUCGGUGGGGGUCCGACACCCAGCACCCCAGAAGAUCAGCUAGUUGAAGAGAAGGCUGCUCGCCAUCAUCAGUGCAGCACUUGCAUGGCACGUGACCUUCUCUUCAACCAGCUGAUCGGACCCCCGCCAUUCUAAUAUUGAUGACUUAUCCUAAGGAUACACACACUUAAAAAACAUGUAAAAAAAUAAAUAAAUCUGAGACUAGUUUCUGGAAAAUUCAUUGUAAAUUUAUGUUGUUUUUAGUAUUGGUCAUGUCUGGAUUACUGUACAUAAUUUAAUAUAAUUCUAAUCUUCUGCAAUGAUUCAGUGUUAAUAAAACAUUGGACUGCA